AUGGGGUCAGUUGAGAACCCUCAGAAGCUCGAGAACAAACUUGCUGACAUCAACGGAUACAGAAUGCUGCAGACGAAUCUGUCCAGGCAGGCCAGGGGAAUUCCUUACCUUCGGAUUCGCGCAGAUCACGCGAAUCUGGAAUCGGGCGACGGCAAUGAACCCUGCGCUGGCGGCGCUGCCGGCCGUUCUUGCCCGGGCGCCGGGGCCGGCCGGCGGGGAAUCGGGGGGAGGGCGAGGGCGAAGCCGGGAACCCCCUGGCUGCGGAGGGAGGGCGGCUGCUGGUCCGGAGGAGGGGGUGGACGGCGCGGCGCGGGGACGGGGGCAGCUGUGGAGGGGACGGCGCCGAGGAGGAAGAAGAAGAGGCAGCAGAUUAGAUUAGCGCGUUGUUCGGGUCAAGAUCUGAUCACAUCCGACGCGCACGGUUUGGCUGGGUCGCACGAACCACCCGUCGCCUGCGCGCUCACAAAAGGCAUCCCCCUAGCUGCCGCCGCCGCUCUUCCUGUCUCCUCCUCAUCGGGAUCUCCGCCUGAUCCACCUGCUCCUCUCUUUCCGCGCCUGACCAACCCUCCAUCCCGAUGCACCCACCUCCUUCCUCGGCCCCUGCCCGGCGCUCCACCCCCAGGAAGCAGCAGCGCCCGAGCGCUCCUCUCCUCGCCGGUGCGCCCCCUCCAUUCCGGCGCCGGGAACGGAACCCCCGCGCCCGGAUCUUGCCACCACCGCCUUGCCUCUGCCCGACUGCCGCUGCAACUCGUGGACACCACCAGCCAAGCUAUCCUCGUCCCCGAGCUCGUCCGCUCGAUCCCGAGCUCGUCGCCGUGCACCUACCGUCUGUCCCCGUCAUCCGAGGCCACCGGAAUGCCGCCGUUCCUCGCGCCUCACCGCCGACGACCACAUCCAAGACCCCCGCAGGUUCCCGUCGCCAUGGACGACCUCCUCGUCACCCGUCCGUUGCCUAAGGCUCCACAGCCGCGCCAAGUCCCGAGCCGUCGAGCCGUGGCCCUUGUUUUCCCUCGCCAUGGAGUCCCCUGCAACCACCCCGCGCCGUUGACUGCAUCGCCUCGGCCCCUGGCGCUGCAUCCUCUAUUUCCUUCGAGAGAGCGAACACCUCGCCCGCGUUGACUUCACCUGGACCGGCCUCGCCUCGAUGUGGACUCGCCUCGAUCUAGAGUGGCCCAUCGACCUCCAGAUCCACCGAACUGGGCCACACCGCUGCAGGCCCAGCAACCGGCCUCCUUCCUCUCCAGCUGGGCCAAAGCCCAUGGUGAGCCACCCAAAGCCCAGCGCCCAACGGUUUCAGCCUGCAUAGGUUUUAUCCUUAGCUGCGAUUUUAUCAAUUUCCAGGUAAUUGCACUUUUGCAGAAAAGUCCCUAAACUCCAUGCAUAUUAAAACUCAACAACAGUACAUCAUAUGUAAAAACUUUAUAUAUAAAACUUGCUUAGAAAUUCAUCUAGUUUCAUAAUAUGUCACUUUCACCCAUGUUUAAAAUGUUUAAAUUGCUGUUUGUGUAGAUUUACUCUUAUGCCAU